AAGCCGCCGCAGCGGUAGCGCCCGAGUUGUCCUUAGCAUGCUCGCCUCUCGGCACCGUCGGCGACGGGUACUUGCUGCAGCCAUCCGGCAGAAGCACCAGCAGCAGCUGCUGCCUUUCUUCCCGGGUCUUUAACGCCUGGCUUGCUUCUCCCGCUACUGCCGCCGCCGCUUCCAGCACCUCCUUCUCCGGGUGGGGCGAUUAUGAACUAACCGGGCGACUACACUGAUAGCCCAGCUUCUCUCUUUUCCCUGGUCUUACUUCUUUUCAUAAAACCCUCAAGGCACAGAGGAAGAGUCACAAACAUUGCCAUGAAACCCAAUCUGAAACAAUGGAAACAAGUCAUGCUGUUUGGAAUAUUUGCCUGGGGCCUCCUGUUCCUAUUUAUCUUCAUAUAUUUCACCGAUAGCAACACCACAGAUGCAGUUCCUAGUUCCUUCUCGUAUGUUGAGACUAAAAGACUCUUGCCUAUUCAAGGCAAACAGAGAGUUAUCAUGGGAGCAAUUCAUGACCCACCCUUCUCCGAAACAGUCAAUGAGAUGCUCUUCAACAAAGAUGUCUUAGAUUCAUUUAAGUCAGAGAGUGGGAACAUAAAAAAGUGGACUGGCUUAGAUAAUAGUUUUGAAAGUGAAGAAUUUUUUCCUUCUCAGUUAAGAAGAAAAUCCAAAAGUAAUUUUCAUCAGAGGAAUGGUGAUUAUUUAUUUACUGCUGGUCAGUCUCAGUUAUCAAAUAAUGUUCAGCGAAUAAUGAAAUUAAACUCUGCACAGGGGGAAGUUCAGAAGAGGAACAUUUUACAGAAUUCUUGGUUCCCUCAAAAGAAGAUAAAGAAAAGACACAUAAAUCACAGAAGAAGCGAACUGGUUGAAGAGUCCCAUGAAUGGAAUGAAAUUUAUACCACAAUGUCAAAAUCGUUCCUGUUCAGGCUUUGGAGGGGGGAUGUCUCCUCCAAGAUGCUGAAUCCCCGCCUUCAGAAAUCAAUGAAAGAUUACUUGAAUGCCAAUAAGCAUGGGGUGAAGUUCAGGGGGAAGCAAAACUCCCAACUGACUUCAGAACAACUCUUCUGUGAGCUCAAGGCACGUGUAAACAUCAGAACCAUUGAUGGCGAGGAAGCUCCCUUUUCAGUCCUUGGUUGGAAAAAACAUGUCCCUCAAACUUCACUGAAUAAAUUAUAUCCUCGAGGAUUUGGAAGCUGUGCUGUCGUUAUGUCUGCUGGUGCCAUACUGAACUCUUCUCUGGGGCAUGAAAUAGAUUCUCAUGAUGCAGUUCUGCGAUUCAAUUCUGCUCCAACAAAAGGUUAUGAAAAAGAUGUUGGAAAUAAAACUACAAUGCGCAUCAUUAAUUCCCAGAUUCUUACUAAUCCUAAUUAUCAUUUCGUCGGUAACUCCUUGUAUAAAGAUGUUAUUUUAGUGGCUUGGGAUCCUGCUCCUUAUUCUUCAAAUUUAGAUAAGUGGUAUAAGAAUCCAGACUACAACUUGUUUACUCCAUAUGUACAGUAUCGCAGUAAGAAUCCAAACCAGCCAUUCUACAUUCUUCAUCCAAAAUUUAUAUGGCAGCUCUGGGAUAUUAUUCAGGAGAACACUAAAGAGAAAAUACAACCCAACCCUCCUUCGUCAGGUUUCAUUGGGAUUUUCAUCAUGAUGUCCAUGUGCAGUGAAGUCCAUGUGUACGAAUAUAUUCCAUCCAUCCGACAAACUGAUCUUUGCCACUAUCAUGAACACUAUCAUGAUGCAGCUUGUACCUUGGGGGCUUAUCACCCUCUGCUUUAUGAGAAACUGCUGGUGCAGAGGAUGAACACAGGACUCAAGGAGGAUUUAUAUCGGAAAGGAAAAGUGAUUUUGCCAGGAUUUCGGUCAGCGAGAUGCCGACAACGAUUCUGGUUCCCAUAAGAAUAAUAUCUUUCUCAAACAAUGUGCAAUAAGAUGCUAUAGUCAUACUGAUAAAUAGCAGAAAUACUUGAAAAAUGGAUCCUAGACUAACCAGUCUUUAGUCUACAGUGUGUAGUUAAGUAGCAGGCAUGAUGGAAAUUCUUGUUUCUAGGGCCUCUUAUUAUUUCUUUGUAAGGUGUUUUUUUUUAAAGAUGUAGCUUUUUGAGAAAUGCAAAAUAUAGUGAAAAUAAACUUGGGUAUUUAUAUGUGGUUUGCCAGAAAACAUCAACAUUUUUACUUACAUGUGGCAGAUUAAAGCCUUUUAGAAGAAGCAUUUUGUUAGUUUAGUGUAAUCCAAUAAAACAGUUCUUAGAACAAAAUAAAAAUGGAAUCAUAGCAAACAGUUCUAACCUAGGAUUUCUAUCCUUUCCCUAUUCUAAAAAAAAUUAAAACAAGAACAAUAAAAAGAACAAAAACUGGAUGUGUAUUUAAUACAAUUGGCCAUAUUCUUUUCAUUCAAUUUUUUGUCUAGUGCUAGAACAUGGCAUCCCUGUCUUAUAAAUAUUUUAUGCUAGUCUAUUUUAAAAUUAAAGACUAUUUGAUUAAAUAUAUAUAGAUAGAUUUAUAGAUAUAUAGGA